UUUGGGCUCUUUUCAAUUAUUUCAGCCCAUAAUGUGGGCCGGCCCAGAUAAUGCUGAUAUAUAAAUGUGAACCCUAGUUUUCUAUCUUCAUUCCUCCGCUGCGUCCGCUAGGGUUUUUUGUUUCUCUGGUUGCUCGAUCUUCCUGAUCAAGAAAGGGGAAUGGCUCCGAAGAAGGGCGCAAAGCUUCCGGCGAAGAAGAAGACCGAGGCAGUUGUGAACCCACUUUAUGAGAAGAGGCCGAAGCAGUUUGGUAUCGGAGGGGCACUUCCUCCGAAGAAAGACUUGCAUCGGUUCGUCAAAUGGCCUCAAGUCGUGAGACUUCAGAGGAAGAAGAUGAUACUAAAGCAGAGGCUAAAGGUUCCUCCAUCCAUUCAUCAGUUCUCGAAAGCAUUGGACAAGAACUUGGCUACUAGUCUUUUCAAGAUGCUUAUGAAAUAUAGGCCUGAGGAUAAAGCUCAAAAGAAGGAGAGACUUUUGAAAAGAGCCCAAGCUGAGGCUGAAGGCAAGACGCCAGAAACUAAGAAGCCUAUUGUGGUGAAAUAUGGUCUUAACCAUGUCACAUAUCUCAUUGAGCAGAAUAAGGCACAAUUGGUGGUCAUUGCUCAUGAUGUGGAUCCAAUCGAGUUGGUUGUGUGGCUCCCUGCUCUGUGUAGGAAAAUGGAGAUUCCAUACUGUAUAGUGAAGGGGAAGGCCAGGCUUGGCACCAUUGUGCACAAAAAGACUGCGUCUGUCUUAUGCCUCACUUCUGUGAAGAAUGAAGACAAGCUCGAGUUUAGCAAAAUACUCGAGGCUGUGAAGGCUAAUUUCAAUGAUAAAUUCGAUGAGACCCGCAAGAAGUGGGGAGGAGGAGUCAUGGGCUCCAAAUCCCAAGCCAAAACAAAGGCGAAGGAGAGAGUUCUAGCGAAAGAAGCCGCCCAGAGGAUGACUUGAAUUAUCUGCCAAUCCCUUGCUGCUGCAUUUUUGUGAGUGAUAGAAGAUUCAAGAUUCAGAUCAAACUUGCUUUGUGUUUACAUCUAUCAACUUUCAUUGCUCUGUCUAAUGACUCCUUUCAAGUUUUCUAUUAAAAGUUAAGAACUAGUUUUGGUCU